ACUUUGAAACUCUUGACCGGAAGUCUGACAUUUAUUGUGUCUUUCUUGGCGCUGCCUGAGCCCCCAGCCCCCUCUGUGUCUGGGUCCCACUGUUGCCAUUCCGACGCACAUCCCUCUCAGACGUGCAACAGCUCCACGGAGUCAACAGGAGUGGACUAACACGGAUCCUCCGCGGACAGAGACUACUUCACGGCCGGGUUUCCCCUCCUCUGCUCGGGGCGGGCAGCUGCACAGAGAUGCGCUCCUGGACAGAGGUUCGCUGUGGGUAAAGUCAGAGAGAGAGAAUGAGACUGAGCAGCACCGCAUUAACCCUGAGUGUGGAGGUAUAACAGGACCCAGGGAAGCGCACGGUUCUGGUGGAGGAUUGCGGAGGGAAUGGGGCGGUGAGAGCUUUCAUCUCAGCCGAAGACAUGAGUAUUAAACGGGGGACAAAAAGCUCGGCUGCGGCGCUCAGUGUUUAAAUCUCCAUCCACCCGGAGGGUCCAGUCUGCACACCUUUCUUCAUGUUGCAAAAGCCUGUUUUAUGACAAUGGAUUACCUGCUGUGGGUGUGCAGCCUCAUUGUGCCCGUGGUGCUGGCCGUAGAAGAAACCCUUAUGGACAGUCGGUGGGCAACCACAGAGCUGGCAUGGACCACAUUCCCAGAGAGUGGGUGGGAGGAAGUGAGUGGCUAUGACGACUCCAUGAGCCCCAUCAGGACCUAUCAGGUGUGUAAUGUCCGACAGCCAAACCAGAACAACUGGCUCAGGACGGACUUUAUCCCUCGCAAGGGUGUUCUUCGAGUCUAUGUGGAGCUAAAGUUUUCUGUGCGUGACUGUGCCAGCAUCCCUAACAUCCCUGGCUCCUGUAAAGAGACCUUUAAUCUGUUUUACUACGAGUCAGAAGGGGAUGUGGCGACAGACACCAGCCCACUGUGGAGGGAGAACCCCUAUGUGAAGGUGGACACUAUUGCCCCAGAUGAGAGUUUCUCUCUGCUGGAGGCGGGAAGGAUCAACACCAAAGUACGCAGCUUUGGCCCACUCUCGAAGGCUGGAUUCUACCUGGCGUUUCAGGAUCUGGGCGCCUGCAUGUCACUCAUCUCUGUCAGGGUUUUCUUCAAAAAGUGCUCGACCACAAUCGCCAAUUUCGCCGUCUUCCCUGAGACUGCCACAGGGGCGGAGGCCACCUCCUUAGUGAUUGCUCCCGGCGCCUGUGUGACCAACGCCAUGGAAGCUUCUGUGCCUCUAAAGCUCUACUGCAAUGGGGAUGGAGAGUGGAUGGUUCCCGUGGGCUCCUGCACCUGUGUUGCUGGCUUUGAACCUUCUGCAGACGACAUGCAGUGCCAGGCCUGCAUCCCUGGGACCUUCAAAUCCAAAUUUGGGGAGGGCUCCUGCUCCCCCUGCCCGUCCAACAGUCGCACCAGUGCACGCGGAGCCAAUAUUUGUCCCUGCCAGAGUGGUUUCUACCGGGCUGACAGCGACCCUCCUGACUCAGACUGCACCACGAUCCCCUCUGCGCCUCGCAACGUUAUCUCCAGCGUGAACGAGACCUCCCUGUCCUUGGAGUGGGAAGAGCCUGAGGACACGGGUGGGAGGAGCGACCUCGUCUACAACGUGGUGUGUAAGAAGUGUCUGCGGGACAGGAGCCCCUGCACGCGCUGCGAUGACAACGUGGACAUCGCACCUCGCCGCCUGGGGCUGAGGCAGAAGAAGGUGGUGGUGAGGAACCUGCAGGCUCACACCCGCUACAGCUUUGAGGUGCAGGCUGUCAAUGGGGUUUCAGGGAAAAACCCCACCUCGCCAAGCUACUCCACAGUCAACAUCACCACCAACCAAGCCGCACCUUCAGCUGUGCCCACCGUCCAUCUGAUGCGCUCCACCUCAGACACUCUCAGCCUGUCAUGGCUGCCGCCUGAGAAACCAAACGGGGUCAUCCUCGAUUAUGAAAUUAAAUACCAUGAGAGGGGCCAGGUGAUGUCCCACACAGUAACAUCCCAGCACAGCUCAGCCAAGGUGGAGGGCCUGAGAGCUUCUACGCCCUAUGUGGUGCAGGUCAGAGCACGCACUGUGGCUGGAUACGGGCGCUACAGCAACCCAAUCGACUUCAGCACCAGCCUCCACAGUGACCCUCAGAAGUCGGUGCAGGACCAGCUGCCUCUUAUCGUGGGCUCUGCCUCGGCGGGUCUGGUGGUCAUUGUAGCCAUGGUGGUUAUUGCUGUUGUCUGCCUUAAGAAGCAGCGCAGCGGCUCAGAGCUGGAGUACACGGAGAAACUGCAGCAGUACAUUUCUCCAGGAGUCAAAGUGUACAUUGACCCUUUCACCUAUGAGGACCCCAACGAUGCUGUUCACGAGUUUGCCAAAGAGAUUGACAUCUCCUGCGUAAAGAUAGAAGAAGUCAUCGGUGCAGGUGAAUUUGGUGAGGUGUGCCGCGGUCGCCUCAAACAGGCUAGCCGGAGGGAGAUGGUCGUUGCAAUUAAGACGUUAAAAGCAGGCUACACCGAGCGGCAAAGGCGGGACUUCCUGGCAGAAGCCUCCAUCAUGGGCCAGUUCGACCACCCCAAUGUGAUCCGGCUGGAGGGGGUCCUGACACGCAGCUGCCCUGUCCUCAUCAUCACUGAGUUCAUGGAGAACGGGGCACUCGAUUCUUUCCUCAGGCUGAACGAUGGGCGCUUCACGAUGACACAGCUGGUCGGGAUGCUGCGUGGCAUCGCUGCGGGGAUGAAGUACCUGUCAGAUAUGAACUACGUCCACCGAGACCUCGCUGCUCGAAACAUUCUGGUCAACAGCAACUUGGUGUGCAAGGUCUCAGACUUUGGCCUGUCACGCUUCCUGGACGACACGUCUGCUGACCCCACUUACACCAGCUCCCUGGGAGGAAAGAUUCCUAUUCGGUGGACGGCCCCCGAGGCCAUCGCCUUCAGGAAGUUCACCUCUGCCAGUGACGUGUGGAGCUACGGCAUCGUCAUGUGGGAGGUGGUGUCCUACGGAGAGCGGCCAUAUUGGGACAUGAGCAACCAGGAUGUGAUGACGGCAGUAGAGCAGGAUUACCGGCUGCCCCCGCCAAUGGACUGUCCUAUGGUGCUGCACCAGCUGAUGCUCGAGUGCUGGAUGAAGGAGAGAAACCUGAGGCCCAAGUUCUCCCGCAUUGUUAGCACCCUGGACAAGCUGCUCCGUAAUGCCGCCAGCCUUAAGGUGGUGACCAGCUCCUACUCAGGGGAUCUGCUGCGGCUCGGGGGGACGCUGCCGGGACACAACAGGAAGAGUCCGGACAGCAGUCAGGAAAUUGUUCGGCAACAGAUGAGCCAAACCCUCCCCAUCCGAGUGUGAGCUGAGGACACAGAGCGGAUAAAAACUACCUGAAAAACUCUGACGCCAAGAGCCCGUUGUAACAUAAGAAGAAGAAGAUUAAAGACACAGGAGAAAGAACGAGGACAGUGUUGGAGAUUUCUUUCCAGCCGGAAAAUUUUAUGUGCGUUCAAAGAGACCUUUCAUUGCAGUGUGUGCGUUCAUGACUUGACACUUGUGGAUUUGUGACUAUUGACAUAAACCAAACUUCCUAUUGCCCCUUCUCAGGUUGUGUUUGCAUGUCUGCAUGUGUUUUCUGCUGGUUGGGAAUCAGACUUUUCUUCUUUCCGCCCUCAGAUUGAGGACUCAGUGCCAAGAUUAAGCAAACUUUUGCUUGAAACAAACAAGACAUCUCCAAACCUUCCUGUACACAUUUAAUCCAAUCAGUCUUCUCCCUUUUAUUUUCUUUAAACCCAACCAACGUUAUUUUAUUAUUUUCUCAAUUUUUAAGAACAAAAAAAAAAAAAAGACACACCUGUCAUCUGCUUCCUCUUAAAUACUGUCUUCCACGUGUACCGGGGGACUACUUGUUGCAAAAGUGUAAAAAGCAUCCGAGUCUUCACGCCAACUCUCCAUCAGAGAGGGGAUGGAUCUGACACUGUGCGGGACACGUCAUGUGCAUGCCAAAGUGGAAACUUCUUCAUGAGAAAAGUCGAAACGAGUUCCACGUUUGCUGUUUGCUUUGGUGGCAUUUUGCUGUACGGACUUUAACGUCCAGGUUUUCUUAACCUUGUUUGAUUCAUAUACGCAUUGUUUUUGAAUGCUAAGUUAUUAUCUUAUUAUUAUUGCAAAGAGGUGUUUUUUUCUGUGUGUUUUUUUACGAGCACCGGGGCUUAACUUUUUUAUUACACUGCUUGUUUUUCACACAUUGACAAACCAGACAGACAUGAAUGAGUGAUCUGAAGGGGAACUGUUCUGCGCAGACAGAAUAUUUAUGUGUCUAACUGCAGAGGGGACUUUGUGGUGAUUGCUGUUUUUAAAAAUGAAAAGCGCCUGUGGUAGUUCUGUGGUGUGAACGUGUUACAGAUCAGGGGGAAUUAAAAAGGUCACUAUCCAGAUAAUAAGUCCGCAACCUUAAUAUUGGGCUGACCUACAAACAUUGAUGUAGAACAAAUUCACUCAUUGGUUCAUUUCUCCUGACAUGUGUUUUCUUCAGCACGCCAGCUGUCAGAGCAGUUCCUAUCUAAAACAACUGCCUGUAAAUAAUACUAUAUUUCUAUUAGUGCAGUCAGCUCAGCAUUCACAACAAUCUGACCUGACUGUUGCCUCUCUAUGACCCUCGUUUAUAUGCUUGUUUGUUUAAUGUGGAGGAGCAAACAAAUGGAGGAAUUCCAGUUUAAUGGUCAUUACAUAUCUGAAACUAUAUGUCACAAAGAAAGAAGAAAACGUGUGUCUGUUAGGGCAGACUUUUCCCUGUGCAAUUCAAGGUGUAUUAGGUUGUAAAAAGAAAAAAACAGCAGAAAAUUACAACAAAAAUAAGCAUUUCUCUUUCAGUAUUUUUACGAUAAUCAUAUGCAAAUAAAUUAUUAAACAGA